GGAGGCGGCGGCGGCGGCGGCGGCGGCGGGGUCGGCGAUGGCUUUCGAGGCGCUGGCGGAGGCGGCGGAGCGAUGGUGCGCCCGCACGCCCUUCCAGCUCAUCGCCGCCGAGGAGACGGAGCGGCGCAUGGACUUCUACGCCGAGCCCGGCGUCUCCUUCUACGUGCUGUGCCCCGAGGCCGCCUGCGGCGACAAUUUCCACGUGUGGAGCGAAAGUGAGGACUGCUUGCCUUUUCUGCAGCUUGCACAGGACUACAUUUCCUCCUGUGGGAAAAAGACACUCCAUGAAAUAUUGGAAAAAGUCUUCAAAUCCUUCAGGCCCUUACUUGGGCUUCCAGAUGUUGAUGAUGAUGCAUUUGAAGAAUAUAACGCAGAUGUGGAAGAAGAGGAACCAGAAGCCGAUCACCAACAGAUGGGUGUCAGUCAGCAGUGAUUUUCUGAGAAGCUAUAAAAAAAUUUGGAAGCCUUUGGUACCAGGUGGGGUCAGGUGGUCCCACGUUAGCCUGUUUGAAUUAGCACAUCACAAGGGGAUAUCUGGCUGCCAAGAUAAAAGUUUUACAACAAAUGGUUCCAAAAAAAUAAUAAUAAUUCAUGAUGAGCUUUGCUAAGAAGUGACCUGAAUUUUGCUCCUGCUUCAGUGGGUUUUCUAUGGGGUUGUCUUGGUAGCAUUCUGCCGUUAUCAGUCUAGAAGUAGUUUUGUCGCUGACUUGUCUCUUCGAUUUGUGUUCGAGAGUAGUGUUUGCUGACAUGAAUGUAGAGUACCGAGAAUGUAGGAGGUGUGUGGGAAGAGUGCCCAGUCCUCACCAGUGACCUUUCCAAGGAAACCAGCACAGUGAGCAAACACAUCCUGCGCUUCUCUUUUUAGUUCAACAGCUCUAGGUUUUUGACAAAGUACCAAACAUGGAGCGACUUCUCCUGAAAAACAGUAGUUUAGUAGUGGUUGGUGCUGCAGAAGUACAUAUGAAGGCUUAACAAAAAUAAUGGGAAGCAGGAAAUCCAGGAGGUGUCACACAUAUUGAUGUCAUUUCACUGACACCUGAGUUUCCAAGUGCUGAAUUAAUAACUGGGAGUAACUGGCACCAGCAGCACACAUUAUAACCAACUGAUAUUCCGACACCAUGUGAUCCAAAGGCAAGUGCUGCUUUCUUACAACUCAAGUAAAAAAUAGCUAUUGCCUAUCCCACUUCUGCAUGACAACUAACUUUAAGCUUUGCUGGUUUUGAUACACUGCCAAAUUAUUACUCAAACCUUGUGGCAUCAUGCAUUAGAACCAUAGAAUCAUAGAAUACGCUGAGUUGGAAGAGACCCAUCAGGAUCCUUGAGUCCAACUCCUGGCCUUGCACAGGAUACCCCAAGAGCCACAGAGUGUGGCCACACAGUGUGCCUGAGAGCAUUGCUCAAAUCCAUCUUGAGCUCUGUGAGGCUUGUGCUGUGGCCACUUCCCUGGGGAGCCUGUUCUGGUGCCCAACUACCGUCUGGGUAUGGAACCUUCUUCUGAUAUCCAACCUAAACCUCUCAGUUUCAGGCCAUUCUCUCAGGUCCUGGCACGGUAAUAAGAGUGAAGAGAUCUGUAGCUGCCCUUGUUCCCCUCCUGAGGAUGCUGAAGACCACAAUGAGGUCUCCCCUCAGUCUCCUCCAGGCUGAACAGACCAAGUGACCUCAGCCACUCCUCACCAGGCUUCCCUUCCAGAUCCUUCACCAUCCUUGUUGCCCUCCUCUGGACACUCUCUAAUAGUUAAAUAUCUUCUUUACAUUGUGGCUGCCAAAACUGCCUCCAGCACUUGAGGUGAGGCUGCCCCAGUGCAGAGCAGAGCAGGACAAUCCCUUCCCUUGCCUGGCUGCACCUGAUGGCCCCAGGAGAUGCUUGUCCCUCCUGACUGCCAGGGCACUGUUGACUCACAUUCAACUUGCCAUCAACCAGGACUCACAGGUCCCUUUCCACAGCGUUGCUCUCCAGCCUCUCAUUCCCUGAUCUUUACACACAACCAGGGUUGCCCUGUCCCAGGUGCAGAAUCCAGCACUUGUCCCUGUUAAAACUUCAUACAGUUGGUGAUGCCCAUUUCUCUAAUUUGUCGAGGUCUCUCUGCAGGGCCUCUCUGCCCUCCAGAGAGUUGACAGGUCCUCCCAAUUUAGUGUUGCCAGUGAAGUUAAUAUUCCUUCAAGUCCUGCAUCCUGGUUGUUAAUGAGAUGUUGAAGAGCACAGGGUCAAGUAUGGAGCCCUGUGGUACCCCACUGGUGACAGAUUGCCAGUCUGAUGUCAUCCAUUCACUGUAACCCUUUGUGCCCAGCCAACCAGUUGCUCACCCAUCUCAUGACAUGUUUAUCCAGCUGUCUGCUGGACAUUUUGGUCAGAAGGGUAUUUUUGAUACAGUAUCAAAAGCUUUACUGAACUCCAAAUAUAUUACUUCAACUUGCUUCCCUUGAUCAGUUAGGUGAAUUACCUUGUCAUAAAAGGAAAUCAGCUUUGACAAGCAGGACUUUCCCUUCAUGAAGCCAUGCUGGCUGUGACCAGUGACUGCAUUGUACGCCAGGUACAUAUAUAUCAUUCCAGAAUAAUAUUUUCCAUUAUUUUACUGGGCACUGAGGUGAGACCAACAGGCCUGUAGUUUCUGAGAUCUUCCUUGAGUGCAACUUGAAUGCAACUUAACACUGAAGCCAUAAGGGUAUCAACCAGCACCUGGUUCUUAAAAUUAUGCUGGACCUCUUCCUGGGCCUUUGAGCUAGUCUGGGCAUUUACACCUUAUUGGAGGGGAGCUGAAAUAGUGCUUCAGCUGCUAUAAAAUCUAGUGAGGUUUUACUUAUCAGGGGACUUGCUCCCCAAAGGGUUUGGUGAGGGUCUUAGUAUGAAGAAGACAACCCCUCAUAUUUUUUACCUGUUUUACAUAGUUGCAAGUAACUUGGAUGAGUGCCGGACUGUGAACAUGCAAGGUUUCUUUAUCUACUUGCCUUUUGUACUGAAAAUAUAAGAAGCAAAAGUAAUUCUGUUGUAAUGCAGCUGUUUUCCAUAAUCAAGAAAGAUGUUUCUAAAUUUCCUCCUUUUUUUUCCAAUUUUUUAAAAAUUGUGAAACGAAGGUCACAGGCUUUAAAAGCCCUUUUAUACAGAAUUAGCUUUAUAAAAACAAAGAGUGAGUGAAGAGAAUAUGCUUGGACAACUCCUAUAAACAACUUGCAUCAUUUUGAAAA